AUGAGUAGUGCAAUAACACUGUUAUUUGGAGAUCAAGGAAGAGAACAUGGUGUGGAAGGAAAUCUAUGCCAAGAACUAGAAAAUCCACAUCAGCAACUUGAGAAGUCCAAUCAGAUGAGACGUGGGCAAGUGUGCAUGAAACGUGGGCAACGUGUCGGACAAUGUACCCGCGAGAGACACUUGCCCAAAAAGUGGUACGUCACUCAAAGUCUUGGUGGCAGCCAGCAGAGGGCAGCGCAGAAGGCACAGCGCACUGGGCACAAAAGCAUAGAACGACAUAGUGGCAAAGUUGGAUUCUGUCCAGCAUGGAACAAGUGGCAGUCCUGGCUGGCAUAUACCAAACUGGCACGGAAGGAGUGUAGGCAAGCUAGCAGUAGCAGUUCUGGCAUUGGUAAACAAGUAAAGAAAAUAAUUUUGGCUCCUGUGAUAAGUGUGAAGCCGGUAGGGGUGUGGUGCAAUAAGAGUGCUCUAGAUCUUCAGACGCUAAGAAAGAUUAUUGCCAUAAAAUCAUUUGUUAAAUGUUUAUUGGCAAAGUUAUCUCAAGAUGAUAUUGAAAAAUUUUAUGUACUGCUGUCAUCAGUUGCUGCUGGGAUGUUAACUAUUGAAGGCUUAAAGCCGAGUUUAACAGAAAUGUCGUGGCUGCGUCUCACUUCUGGCUGUUCUAUAUUGAAACUAUGUAGCAGUAAAUUCUUCUGGCAGAAACUAAAACUGAAGCAGUUUGUGUCUCUCACAACACUGUUAUAUGAUGCGGACGAGUAUGUCACAAAGGCAUUUUUGGCAAAAUUGUCAUUAUUUCUCUCAAAUAAGAGAUGCCCAGUGGAUUUUUUUUCACUGUAUGCUUUCAUUGGUAUGAUUAUGCAGACUGAUCAGAGAAGAGAUCUAAAUUCCUUAUUUUCUAAUACAGUAAAUGCACAAUGGCAAUACAUUCGAAGACAAUACAAAAUUCAUGAAGACCAUUUUUCCUUUGAAGUUUUUAUUAACAAACAUCAAGAUAUGUUACCUGACAGUAGCAUUGUUGCAUUGGUGUGCCUGUUAGCUUCAUCCUGGAAGGUAGAACGAAAUCUAGUGAGAAAAUGUCUGGAAUUCUUCUUCUCUGUAAUGCUGCAGCACCAAUUUGCUGAUAUAAGGCUGCAAAAGGAAUACUAUCUAGAGUUGUUUGAAGCAAUGUGCAAAAGCAGAGUUUUGGAUAUUUCAGAUAAAAAACGUGACAAGUUUAAUGCUAAUGUUAGGUCUAUCCGACAAAUGGCUGAGGUAUUAAUUGGAAAAAUGUGGCUGAAAGGAUCUGAGACAUACCAAGUAGUGCCAGAUUUUCCGAGAAGGUACUUCCAUUUAGAACAGGUACUGGCUGGUGGUUCUACAUCAUCAUUAUGCCAGCCCAUGCAACCAAGUGACUCGUGGGAGGUGACAAAUGUCACAGCAUGUGAUGUCAGCAGUUUUAGAGUUUUCCGAGGAGUGGUGCACCAAGAUGCACAGCCCAUUGUGAUGACCACCACUGGGAGAGCUUGCUGA